AUGCACCCACCACCACAGCAGCUCAAGGCGUCGCUCCAGUCAAUGCCGGCGACCGGCGACGCGUGCUGCACAUGCGCCGUACUCCUAGCCACGGCCCCGCGUUACACAUCAGGCUCCGAGAAGCCCCUCCCCGAGCCCCGCGCUCUGCCAUGCUGCAACCGCACCAUCUGCGGCAGCUGUCUUUACACAAACGCUCGCUUCGCCCUCUACUGCCCUUACUGCCAAACCUCCACCGCCGCCACCCCGCUGCCCUCAGGCCUCAGGACCACCCGCGACAAGUCCUCCCCCGUCCCGCCGCCGCGGCCCUCCUCAUCUUCAUCCCCGACCCCUUCCCCGCCGCCGCCGCCCCUCCUCGGAGAAAAGGCCGACGACACAAUCCACCACCUCGACCACGCCACCGACACCCUGACCUCCCUGGCCCUGGCCUACAACGUGCCGCCCCAGGUCCUGCGCGCCCACAACAACCUCCCGGCCGACCACCUCCUCCCGGCCCGCCGCACCCUCCGCAUCCCCGCGAGCCACUAUCCGGCCGGCAGCCCGAGCCUGAGCCCGCACCCCGUCGAGUCGGCGGACGAGAUCCGCCGCAAGGCCGCGCUGCGCCGCUUCAUGGUCGCGUGCAAGGUCGCCGACUAUGACGUCGCGACGCUGUACCUCGAGCAGGCGGGGCACGACCUGCGCGCCGCCGUCGAAAGCUGGGAGGCCGAUGCCGCGUGGGAGAGGGCGCAUCCGCAGGAGGGCGCGGGGCUGGGCGGCAAGGGCAAAGGCAAGGGCGCGAGCCGGGGCGGAUGGUGGAAGAUGCUGUGA